CAGGAACUCUUUAGUUUAUUUUUCAAUGAGACAUAUACACUUAAUUUUAAAUUCUCAUACAGUCAUGGUUCACGCUGUCAUUUUCUCAAAAAUUGUUAGACUAAUUUGCUUUGGAAAUGUACUUCAAGAUAAUGAUAUCCAAGAUGACAGGUAAAUAAUCUUGCUGACAGUACAAUGAGAUUCAUGGAUCAUUUUUUCCAUAGGUAAUAAGACAAAUAACCCAUGCCAAUAAUAUAUUAAUAAUGAGUCUUAAAAUGAUGCCUAUUAUAAACAACUUUGGUCAAAGUUUUACGUUUGAUUUCCGUCGUAAGGUUCAUUAAAUUUAAAUUGUUUGCCGUAAGAUUAUCACAUUCCUAUCAUCCAAUUAAUACAGUCGAAAUAUUCUUUUUCAAAAAUUAGUCUAACCAACCAUAAAGCCCAUUUUUAUUUCUUACAAGUACCAGUUAAACACCUCACUAUUGACCAAUAGUUUUUUGUAUCAUCAUUUAUCCAGUAAAAUAUUUUGGUCUUUUUGAAAUCUUUUUCAACGGAAACAAAAAUUGUUGUCAUACUAAUGAAGAAUUAUUAUAGUCAUUAUAAACCAUAUAAUUUUCCACAUUUUUCGUAUCUUCCAACUUCAUUUCUACUUGCAGUCAACAUCUUUUAACAAUAUUCGUAUUGAAUGACAUUCAAAAUUAUCACUUAUUGAAAAUAUUGGAAUAAUGAAUUUUCCGCUGUAACACAUGGCACUUUUUCCCAAUAAACGUGAAGUACUAUAUUCGAGAUAUCUACUCCUAAGCAAUUUUCAAAGACAAGUCCAAGAGUACUCAGAAAUAUUUUAAAUCUGAUUUUGGUACAGAUGAUCAUGUUGAGUUUUUCAUCUCAAUCAAGUAGUAACAUUAUUAACAAUAUAGAGAAUGGAUCAAAUUCUGUAUUGUCAAUAAAUACUACAGUACUCAUGAAAACAAAUAACCAAUCAACUAAGUCUUCUAAAUCUAUGGCUAACACGACCGAUUCACUUGAAUGGGCACGUAUACAGUUUACUAUACUACCUGUUCUAUCCUUAUUUAUAGGAUGCAUAGGAAUAAUUGGAAACUGUUUAAAUUUUCUUGUUUUACAUGCUUAUCCAACGUCUCAAGUGACAUUUGGAGGUGAAUGUACAGCACGUGUAAAUUUACUUGGUCUAGCAUUGGCUGAUUUUCUUGUUUGUUUAACAUCUUUACCAUUGGGCUAUGUUCAACGACGUUAUACAAGUCAUAAUUUUAUGCUUUAUUACACUAUUUAUGGCCCUGGGCUUGUGACAUAUUUUCUAACCGUUAGUGUUUGGAUGGUAUUACUAAUGAGUAUUGUACGCUACCUAGUAGUUUGUCGACCAUUAGCCUCUCGUGCAUGUCUUACAUCACGUCAUAUGUUACAUAUUAUUACUCUGUUGUAUUUGCUGGCAUUGCUUUUUCAUAUCCCAUCAUUUUUAACAUAUACCUAUAGUGAAGAAAAGGUUAGUCAUAAAAGAAUGUUAAAUUCAACAAUACAACAAUCAGAACAACAAACUCACCGAAGGAGUUAUCCAACAAAUACAAGCAGAACACAUUUUAACAAAACCGAAAAACAUAAUCCAGUGACAAUAUUUGUUAUCGAACGUGAGAUCUGGAAGACUGAAAGUAUACGAAUAGCAUAUACUGUUAGUCAAAUAAUCUUGACAAAUAUCGGUCCAUUUAUUGGUGUAGUUAUAACUAAUGUCUCGGUGAUUAGAGCGUGUCGUCAAAGUGACGCAUGCAGAAAAUCAUAUACAUAUGAUUCCCAUAAAACAUUUGAAAAAUGUAAUAAUAAUAAUGUGACUCAGGAACACUCUAGUACACAAACAAGAUUACAAAAACGUUAUCUUCAUUAUUUUCAAAGAGAUUCGAAUAACACGCACCAACAACAUGUGGGUACUGGUAGCUGGCGUACGAACUCACAAGGCAAAUCAUCAGCUCAGCGUUUACAACAAAGAGCCACAAAUCGUGUCACUCCAUUACUACUUGCAGUUAUCAUAGCAUUUCUACUGUUCACUGCACCAUUCGGUAUUGUACAUUUUGCUUGUCUCCAAGUAAUGAGCGAAAUGGGUUCGCUUGUUCGCCAUGACAGAAAUGCUCGUAUACUAUAUAUGACAUUAAAUUUAACAGUAGAAUGGACUAAUGUGGUUCAAUUGCUGGGAUGCGCAUCAAACUUUUUCCUCUACUUUCUAGUUUCUACAACGUUUCGUCGUACGACUAAACGUCUUUCCCAACGUUUUUAUAGAAAUGUACGUGAGUAUAAAUGUCCGAACAUCUUAAAAAUUCUAUGCUCAGAUUCAAAAGAUUCUUCAUGGAAUUCAGAUACAAGAACAAAUGAGCUACGUAGGAAAUUAGCUGAUAAUUUAGAUAAACAAUUUCAUCCUCAAGUCGUUCCAACUUCUAACUGCCAACAUAACGAAAAUCAAUGUAAACUUGGUCACACUUCCAACACCAAUAACAAUCAAAUUAUUAUUUACAAUAAUAAUAAUAGUAACGAAAAUGAUAAACGGAUUCGGAAUUCAGUAAAGCUACAAUUUUGUCGUUUAAAUCGUAAACGUUCAAAGAGUACACAAAGUCAAACACUGAACACUAAAUCUCCAAACAUCAUUAAUCCUUUGUGUUGUAUUAAUGAUGAUUUUCUUGGUAUACAUACAAGUCCAAUGCCAUGUAUCAAUUCAUCAAUUUCAGAUAAAAUAUCUUGUAAUUGUGUUGGUUUUCAUGAAGCUCAUUAUAAAUAUCUGAUGAACACAUCCAUUUUGGCUAGUUCCUUAAGAGGGUUAGCAAUCUGUCCCGAAUGUGCACAUGUUGUUGGAGGUUAUGCUUCAUUACCAGAAAGUAAAUCAUGUUUAUUAAAACCUUGUAGUAGUACAAGUAGUAAAAACAAUACUCAUUGUUUGAAUAAUACAACAACAAAUACAUCAGAAACCCUAGGAAUAAUACCAUUAGUUUCUGAUGAGCGAAAUAUUUAUAAACACUAUGGAAAUCUAAAUUAUUCAGUAAACAAUGUUAAUAAAAUUACUGUCGAGAAUGAUAACAUGAAUAGUGAACAAACAAAUAACUCUUAUAGUUUACCUGUUCAAAGAGCAUCAAACUGAAAAUUAGAAUAAAAUUAAAUCAUCAUCAAUAUACAUUCACUAUUAGAUUUAUGAGUAUAUUUUACAACUAGUUUUGUUGUUAAUAGUAAUAAGGCACUAAAUAUAGAAUACCAAUCUAUUUUUUGAGAUUAAACUGUUUUAUUAAUGUUUUUUUCUUUUUUUAUUAUUGAAAAGUGAUUUAAUUAUUUACCAUUGUUAAAACAACUGUUGAAUAAAUAACGACUUUAACAUACUACAACAUUGAUAGGUAUAUACAUAAGUAAUUGUAAAAUUGUAAAACAAACUAUCUGUACGGAAAAAAACACAAAAAAAAAUGAACUUCGUCAUAUCUUCAUCUCAUUUAUUAGCUAUGUGUUUAACUUUAUUAAACCAUUUCCAGAUAACAAACAAAGAUGAUGACUUCCUUACCUGUGCUCAGUUCGUAUUUGCAUAAUACUACUACUAAUAAUAAUAAUAAUAAUAACAAUAAUAAUAAUAUGUCGUUCCAUUGUAUAUUCUGUAUUAUUCAUAAAUCUGGAAUUAUAAAACUUUUUUUUUCAAAAACGACUGCCUAUUUUAUCUUGAGACUGAACUUGCCCGUUUGGAACUAAACUUGGUCACAUACUUAUAGGUGUUUGUUUUAAUUUGAAGAUAGUAUUAAGGAAUGAUUUAAAAUUAAAGAAAAUUUAUUACAAAUUAUAAUUCAGCAUAUUAUCGUUUUGUGAUUAUUUGAGAAAAAUAAUUUCAUAUGAGAUUGAGCUCACAAUCUAACGUCUCUAGUAUUUCCCAUUCCUCAUGAAGCGGAAUACAGUGGACCAUAUUUGACAGAUUUAAUUAACUGGACUACAGUGCUACUAACAUCCGAUGUCAUUGUUUUAUAUUUAUCUGACUUUGUUGGUUUCAACGGUUACAUUUCCGUUAUAUAAAUUUCAGGGAUUCAUCCCAAGGCUAUUAGCUGAAGCAGCUCAUGUUUAGAUAGAUCCAGUGAACAUUGAAGCUCACUAUGCACUAUUUUUAUCCUCAUCAACCAGAAAUGUGAUGUAAAAUGGUAAAUUAUGAUUCAUUAUGUGUUGACAGACUCUAAUCUUUGAGGGUUUAUAGUAAAUAUCUUUUCCUAACAAAAUAUCUACCAUCUAAAUGCUUUUGGAACAUAAUUUUUCACUUGAAUUGUUAUUCAUCAUCAUGGAAAAUCAUAUGCUUUAUGCAGCUUUACGUUAUCUAAAAAACUUAAAAUAUUUUAAAAUGGUUUCAAUCUUGUUUCCAGCUAAUUGUUGAGGUUGUCUUGAAAUAUUUUCACUUUCUAAUGUUUUAUGAACGAAUAACAUUCAUGGUGCAUGCUUCCUUUCAUCCACUGUUUAAUACAGAACUGUUAAGCUGUGUAUGAAUUAUUUAUUAUUUUUCAUCAAUUCAGAGUCGGUAUAUUUUUACAGAAGAUAAUAAAUUAAAGUUAGUUACAUUUAAUAUUAUCUGACACUAUCAGUAAGCUGUUUCAUGACAAGUGAGCUCAGGUACACCAUACGAACAGAGUAACUAAAUUGAAGCCUUAAAAAAGGUGUAAAUGAAUUAUUAACUUAUCAUCCUAUUGAAAGAAUUUUAAGUAACCUAGCUAUCAAUUAAAAGCCUUACAUAACCACAAGAGCGUGUUAGCCCAGAUAAAAUCGUAAACAUCUAAUAAAAAAUUCAGAGUAUUCACAUAUUGUUCAACAGACCUGGUUCUUACUAUGCAGAUAAUACACUAAUUUUAGAUAGGAAACAAAAUAACUCACACAGCCAACUGAUCAGAUUACACCUGAUUUUAAUCAGCUACGAAUAUCACUAAAACUGUUUCCUUGAAGGAUAGCUCUGUUCAGACGGUAAAGUAGUGUAUUACUGUUAAUAAUAAAAACAGGUUGUUCUGUUAGUUUUCAUUCACCGAAUGAUUAGUCAGACGAAAUCAAUAAUAAGUUCGAUCAUGUCAACAAAAAAUGCG